AUUCAAAAGCGGUGAGCCAGGAAAACAGAGGGAGGGAACUGCCUGGCAUCAGCAACUACAAAGUGUUUGAGUCUGCCCUUCAGGAACAUGUGGCCAAACUAGAGGAGCCAGCCAAUGACUUACUCAGUGACAUGAAUGACAUCACCAUCAAACAUUUACUUGACGUGGUCAAUCAUUGUUUCCGGAACUACCCUGCCCUUAAAAACAUAACUGUGAGUAAAAUCAACAACAUUCUGUCAAGUCAGCAAGAGAAGGCAGAGCAGAGGAUCUCAGAGCAGUUUAAAAUGGAAAACUUGAUCUACACUCAAGAUCCCAUGUUCCUGAAGAUCUUGAGUGAGAUUACCAAUGAGCAGUUCUCAGAAGAACAGUUACCUAUGUUUGACAAAAAGUGCAAGUACAGUCAUAUGCUGGAGGCACAUUAUGAGAUGGUAGUGCAGAGGAUGGCUGACCAACUGCCCAUGAUGAUCUCCCUUUUCAUGCUGAAGGAAACUGCUGACCUCUUGUCUACUGACAUUUUAGGUUUAUUGGACGGGGCAAAUGUGAGCGAGCUCCUCUUUGAGGACUCUGAUGUCAGCAAAAGACGCAAAGACCUACUAGCUCGCUUGGAUCGUUUGACUGCUGCUCAGGCAGCACUUGCUGAAUUUAUUUGAGGGAUCUGUUGACUAGAGGAUAUUAUAUGAAAAUACAUCAAAUCUGCCAUAAUAAUAUUAUUUUAUAAUGUAUCUGACAACUGUUCUAUGGAGGUUUGCUAGAUUUGACAACAAUGUUUUGAUUCUUUGAUUCUUGAUAUAUUGCUAGAUUUUAAAUUUCUGAAACUUCCCUGUAAUCAUUUCUAAAUAAUUAAUAACUUUUAGCCUUGCAAUUGAAUUAACCUGCAUCUUAUGCUAUUUGAUUGUUUACAUGUUGCUCACCAAUGCUGUACUUUGUAUCCAAGCCAAAUCUAGAGGGCAGAUACCUACAGUUUGUUUUCUAAAAUCACUAAAAGCUUCAGUGCUUCAACUAUAGUGUGUGAUUUGUUAAAAAAUUAAAUAACAUUUUCCUUAAUGAUUG